UGUGUAGGUGGGUGGGAUCUCGCUCGCGUCGCUGUGGACUCUGGUGGAGACGUGCAACAGUCAGAGAAACUAGUUGUGUGCUUCAUGAUUUCUUCUGUUUUCGCCGUCAUGGAGCCACGGAGGAAAACCCACUGUCCCCGAUCAGUGUUGUGCUGCGUGCUGGUGCUGUGUGUCCAUCUGCGGCUCAGUUUGGCCGGAGACUGCCCUGCGGAUGGACGCACCUGGGUUCCGUUCGAAGACAAAUGUUACCACUUUGUCCACGGAGAAGAGGACAAAAUCAAAAGCUACACUUUUGAAAGAGCAAAAACCCUCUGCCAAGGAUUUGAGCUUUUGACCAUCAAGAGCGCUGAGGAGAAUGAGUUUGUCAUUAAAUAUAGCCCAGAGGUGUGGAAAGACACUGUCAACGUGUGGCUGGGAAUGUAUUAUGACACAAACAGUGAAGACAUGAGGUGGUUCACCGAUGAACCUGUUAAAUUCACCAACUGGGAGGACAACUCUCCGUUAGACAUCGUGCCCAUGGAUACAUGCGUGGCUCUGCACAGCAACACGGGGAAGUGGCAAAAUGUUAGCUGCCUAACUGAUGUUGAGAAUGGAGUGAUCUGUAAGACCAAGCAGAAGGCAGUGGAAACCAAGAAGAAGCCCAGCGCGCUGCUGUCCACCCUGGUCAUUCUCAGCGUGGUAGCUAUCGUGGGAGUCUCAGCAGUUAUUUGGUUCCUGCACCAGAAGCACAAUCUUGGCUCCACAGUCUUUACGGCAUUCGAGUACCACCCUCCGUUCCGAGUCCUGGAAACGGACCAGUCCCGCCUGGUGGAGGCUGAGGAGACUAACAGCGUGCCGUAGUAGAACUUUCUCCGUCUUCCAUAAUAGGAAGUAUCAGGCCAUAAUCACUGGGUGGGUUCAUACAAAAAGAACAGCGUUCAUGCAAAAACAGUUGCAGAAGUAGUUUUGAGCUAAAACGUGUCAAUAUCAUGACAAAGUGUGACUGUCAGAAACUCACGCCAAGCUUACUCUAAUACUAACUUCUAACUGUGGCACAUAAACAUCUCACUACCUUUUCUUUUUUCUGUCAUCUGCACUAACAAAGAUUCAUCUGUACAUUUUUCAGAUUGGUUUAAUCAUCAGCAGCAGCUGCGGCCUGUGCAGUCCGCAUAUCAUCUUUUGAUUUGAUGCAACAUUGGCUUAUUAUCAGGCAUUGUACGUUUCUUCGAUAACUCUUGUGAUCAUUAUUUCUCUCAUAUUAAAAAUAACUCGUUAUUUCUCAUUGAAAGAGGGAGGCAUUAAAUGAAUGAAGUUUUUGUGAGCAGACAGAAAGUUUCUGUUACGGGUGGACUAACGAAGAGAGAGAUUGAAAUAAGAUUGGUCAGUUGGUGCUGGCGGGGACAGAGAUAUCCUGAUGUUUAGUUUUUGAUUUGUAACAAGCUACAACAGUGUUGGAUUAUACAUUCCCCAUAAUGACCAAACAAUCUCAUGUUUCCAUUAGACCCUUUGUGUUUGGAGAAUGCUCUACGUCUCUACUUUAAAAAGCUGCCCCCAGAGCCACACUACAAAUGACUUACUUACCUUUUUUUAUCUGUGAAAUCAGCAGUGUUCCUUUGUUUUUAACAGUAUUCAAAGAUGAGAUUUGUCAAUCGCAGGAUAUCACUCGCACAUGUAAAUAGCUUGAUCCAGACCGGAUCGAGCCCAGCAGGAGAAUGCACAGUCGCACAAACCUUAUGAACAAACCUUGUUACUCCUCGCAUGUAAAUGUAGCCAAGGUAAGGUAGAUUUUUGCACAGUCCGUAAAGCUGAUUCUUUUUCAGGUAAAACAUGUUGAAGUGGAAAUCCGUCCCUGCACAUUCAGUUUUUAUUGUGUCCAAGUCUGAGACUAACCAAAAUAUUGCCAGUAAAGCCAGUAUUUAAAAAAGAAAGAUUUCAUCUUCAUUCAUUCCAGGAUAUUUUCAAGGUGGCUAUCCUGAAAAUGAUCAAAAUUCAUCUGCCAUUGAUGUACUUUUUUUUUGUUGUUGUUGUUGUUGUUGUUAAAAGAUAUUUGUGGAGUGUUUCUUUGCUGCCCUGUGAAUUGCAAACUUGGCACUAGUAUUGCUUUAUUUUUAAGAGAGUGCUCAUGAUUUUGGGUGUUGGAAAUAAUAAAUCCUUCCUGUGCCAUUAAAGACAAUCGAGAUUUGUGUUGGGAAAAUUUGCAGAAUAAUGUCAAGAUGUCAAUAUGUUGUGUAAAAUAAACUCUAUUAAUGCAAUCAUACAUUUCCAACAGCAUCAAUGCUUUUGUGUAAUAUAUAAGUUUAAUUUGACAGGGUCUGAGCCCUUGUGUGUGUUUUUCAUAAUAAAGUAUGUUUGAGUAUAA